CUUGACGAGACAAGAUGUGGAAGGAGGAUAGAGGAUGCAGGAUGCUCAGCUGACGUACAUCUUAUGGUCCUUCAGGCACAUAUUCAUUUAUUGUAUGCAGCUGCCAGGUUGAAGUCCAGCUGAUUUGGAGGGACCCAAAUGUUGGGUUCAGUAAUCCUUCACUUGAAUCAUAUGUAUCCGGGUGAAAAUUCAUGCAUUCGGGAGCCUGCGUUCUGGAACACUACGCUGUACCCAUAUUAAAUGUAUUGUUUUAAGGUCUUGAAGACAAUGCAGAGACGACAUAGUAGCCUCACAGACAAUCCUCCUCCAGAGAGGACCCGGAGCCAAAAUUUGAGCUCUGAUACCAGCAUGGAUGACGGAGUCUUUAAUGGAAUGAAGCAAGAGACCCCAUCCUCCCAGCAUCUCUUCUCAAGUCUUACAGGUCUACAGCCAGGCCCUAUUACUGUUCAAUCUGGUUUAGUCCUGGGCUCCUCUGCUGGAAUUGGUGAAGUGUUCAUACAGAUGCCUCCUCCUCUUAGGGAAGAGACAGGAGGUCAUUCAGAGUCAAGUCCAUUUAUGAACCACCACCACCACCAUCAUCAUCCUCACCACCGGCAGCAGCCACAGCCUCCUGCACAUCACCAGCAGCAUCAUUUCCAGCACCCUCAUUCCCGGCCCUCCCUGCUGCACACGGCUGCUGGGGAACGGCACAGAGAGGAGAACAGUGAUGAACCUGGUACUCCAGCGCCAGCUCUUCCUGAGCUGAGGGCCAUCAUUUCCUGGUUACAGAAGGGACUCCCAUUCAUUCUAAUACUACUGGCCAAAGUCUGCUUUGAGCACAAGCUUGGUAUCGCUGUGUGCAUCGGAAUGGCCAGUACCUUUGCUUAUGCUAAUUCCUCUGUGAAACACCAGGUGUCUCUGAAGGAGAAGCGCUCUGUCUUGGUAGUGUUUUGGAUUGUGGUAUUCCUGAUGGGUAAUACAAUGUAUCUUCUCUACACUUUCAGAUCUCAGCAGCUGUACUAUAGUCUUAUUUUUCUCAAGCCCAACCUUGAGGGCCUGGACUUCUUUGAACUCAUUUGGAUUGUGGGCAUAUCAGACUUCGUUCUGAAGUACAUCACAGUAUCUCUGAAAUGUCUGAUCCUCAGCCUCCCGAGAAUUGUCCUAGCUGUUAAAUCAAAGGGCAAGUUUUACCUGUUAAUUGAAGAGCUCAGCCAGCUGAUCCGCUCCUUGGUGCCCAUCCAGCUGUGGUAUAAAUACAUUAUGGGGGAUGAUCCAUCAAGCUCCUACUUUUUAGGUGGUGUCCUUAUCAUUGUAUACAGUCUGUGUAAGUCCUUUGAUAUCUGUGGUCGCAUAGGAGGCUUAAGAAAGGCGUUGAGGAUUCUCUGCCGCCCUCAGAAGUAUGGGGUCCGUGCCACUAACCAGCAGUGCAGUGAAGCAGGCGAUAUUUGUGCUAUUUGCCAAGCAGAUUUCAAAGAUCCGUUGAUACUUAUUUGUCAGCAUGUUUUCUGCGAGGAGUGCUUGUGUCUUUGGUUCGACAGAGAGAGAACAUGUCCCCUCUGUCGUUCUGUUGCCGUGGAAGUGCUCCGUUUGUGGAAAGAUGGCUCCACUUCUGCCCAUUUCCAGGUGUACUGAGCUGAAGUGGCUGGCGCUAUACAUAUACACCGAUCAGUUGUAACAUUAUAACCACCUGCCUAAUAUUGUGUUGUGUCCCCCUUUUGCCGCCAAAACAGCCCUGACCCGUCGAGGCAUGGACUCUACUAGACCUCUGAAGGUGUGCUGUGGUAUCUGGCACCAAUAUGUUGGCAGCAGAUCCUUUAAGUCCAGUAAGUUGCUAGGUGGGGCAUCCAUGUAUGCAUCCUGGUGCCAUGUGUUCUUCAGGUAAGAGACGCGCACGCACCCGGCCAUCGACGUGAUGUAAAAGAAAAUGUGAUUCAUCAGACCAGGCCACCUUCUCCCAUUGCUCAGUGGUCCAGU